UUGCGCAACUCAGCAUUCAUUUAAAUACUUCAUUUGUCUCUUAUAGCAUAGCAAGAAAUGCUAUCAUGUAACCUUUCUAAAAAUUACAAAUAGAAAUUGUAAGAGGUUGAAUAGAUAAUAUGAAAUGUGCCUAAUUGGAAGGAUUUCAUAUAUUUGUUGUGAUAUUCCAUACUAAUUUCACAAGAUGCCUCUCAUUAAAUUUGCCAGCAUAGCUUCUUUCACAUCAGAAGAUCUGAAUCACCCUGCUGACAACUUGCUGAGAUCACAGACAUACCGGAAGUGGAGGAUAGCUCCAACUGAAUGCGGGAAGCCUGCGUCUGUCACCAUAAAACUGGAAAAACUCUCUACAAUCACUGCAGUUGAUAUUGGCAAUGAUGGCUGUGCAUUUGUUGAAGUUCUUGUUGCAAGAGAUGAUAAUAAUUUUGAGGUCUUGCUGCCAGCUUCAUCCUUCAUGUCUCUACUUCAAUCCAGGAAUGGCACAGACAUGAACAGAGUGCGCAUGUUCACAGCUCACCACUUGAAUAAGAAUAUUUCCAGCCAAAAAUGGAACACUGUGAAGCUGGUAUGCACUCAGCCUUUCAACAAAAUGAAUGCUUUUGGACUAACAUUUGUGACUCUCACUACAGAUGAACAGCAACCUGAACAGAAGCCUGCUCCUCAGCAGGACAGUACUUCCCAUGGAAUACUUCAGUUAAAAGAAGCUGUUUGUGAUGAAACUGGGACUUCCAAAUCAAGCAUAAACAUUGGCAGCUUUUUCGCUAAAAGGAAGAAGCUCGAAUCUGAUGCAACUGAUAAUAAAUUCAAUUGUAAAGACUCUCAAGAAGCCAUUCCUCUUUCCAAGAAGGCUAGAAGCGAAGAAAGCAAAGGCUCUUUGUCCAGGCAAUCUACUUCUACUCUACGAAAUCCAGUAAAAAUUAAUAGAGCUCCUGAGAAGAACAGUUUGAGUCAUUCUUCUCCUGCUGCAACUACAAGGGCACCCAAUUCUUCAGAGAAACAGAACCCUUCUGUUCAUGAUAAAGCAUCUAGUCGAACUGUUGCAAGUCCAAGUGUUGCCAAAAUGAAACCUACUACAACUUCAUCUCAAUCUCCUGCAAGUGAUAAAGAGUACAAGGCACGUCAACCUACGCAUCUUGACACUCCUUCCUCAUCUGAUGUACCGUUUAGAUCAAUUUUACGAGGAGUUAUAUACACAAUGAGUGGAUAUAAAAACCCCCAACGCUCGAAGCUGCGAGAUAAAAUGGCUGACAUGGGAGCAUCAUACAGGCCUGACUGGACUGAUGACUGCACACACCUCAUAUGUGCCUUCACUAACACGCCAAAGUAUCGAGCUGUGAGGGGCAAAGGGCACAUAGUCACACACCGAUGGAUUGAAGAAUGUGCGCUCUUCAAAAAGAAGAUGCCACUGAAAAAAUAUUUACUUGAUCCUGAGGAUGAAGACUGCCUCAACUCAAGCAGUGUCCGUGACACAAGUUCAUCUCCUAAGACUAAGGCCUCCCCGAGUCCCCCUAACUCUGCCGACCCAAGUCCGACGCCCCUCUCUGUAGCCAAGCAAUCUUCUGCAGUCAGGACUGCUGCCUCUCCUACUGAAGAGUCUGCAGAUUCAACACAAAGCAAUCGUCACGAAGAUACCCUCACUGAGCCAGAGAAUUUGGAGGACGGCAGCCUGCACGGAGAUGCAUCAGAUGAAGAAGACACUGAUGAUGAAAUUCAAAGAGCAAUGGGUGGACGCAGUGCAACGAAAAAUGGUCAGUCAGCAGCGUCAUCCGACUGUCCUAAUGACGUCCUUGGUCGUGAGACUUCGUCGCAUGUGAAAUGCAACAGCUCUUCACCGAGUGGGAAAGAAGUAACGUACGAGAAGAAUGGUUCUUCGUCUCCCAUUGACGCAUAUUCUGCUGACACUGAUGAAGACGAAGGAUCUUCGCCCCUUCGCCAGCAGAUAGACACAUCGCAGCUGGACUUGCCUCUUCUGCCAGAUAUAUUUUCGGGCGAACAUUUUUUCAUCCACAGAAGUUGCCACGAUCCGGCCGACGUUAAGCGCUAUAUUAUCGCUUUUAACGGACACGUGAGCGACUACAUGAGCAGCUGCGUUAAUUUCAUCGUUGCGGACGCCAAGUGGGAUAAAACUUUCGAUGAGGUGACGCAGGAAAACCAGGAAGUUCGGUUCGUGAAGCCGUCGUGGAUCUGGCGUUGCGUUGACGCCAGUUCCCGCGCGCCCCUUGAGCCUCAUCUCAUCACCAGCAAGCGAUCGUAAUAGCUCCUACCUGUCAGCCUCGCCCCAGUGCUCACAAGUCUUGCAUUGUUUGGUCCUCUCAUUUACAUUUUUUGGGGAAAGUAUAUUCUUCUGAAUUUUAAA